AUGCAUGUCAGUGGUGAUGCGGAAAGAGCAAUUUUGGGAUUAGCUUCGAAAGGUGUAAUGUAUGCAGCUGCCUUGAAGAUGAUUAAAGAACAAUUUGGACAACCAAGCAUAAUUGCCUGUGCAUUAGUCAACAACGUCGCCAAAGGAGAGAAAAUCAGUAGAAGUCACAGGAAGAAAUUGCGAGAGUUCUCAAUUGACCUUAUCAAUUGCAUGGCCACGAUGAAAUGCAUUGGAUAUACAGCAGAUAUCAAUGCCAACGAGAAUUUACAAAAGAUCAUCACACGCUUACCAGACCACAUGAUUGAAAGGUGGAAAGUCUUUGUGGCAGAUAUUUGUGAGGUCAGACACCUAAAGUAAGUCAUAUAAGUGAAUAUGUGAGAGAGUAAAGGCAGAGUUUGAUCCUGAUUUAGGUGACCUACAAAGAGAUUCAAAACCCCCAAGAAGUGACCAUCCACCGAGAAGAGGCAUCUACGCUGUCAGGCGUGAUUCAAACAGAUUGCCAAUGAAAUGUUACGUGUGUGAAGAAGAGCACCAUACCAUUGAAUGCCCAGUAUUAGCAAAAGCCUCAGUUCUUGAAAGACUCAAACUAGCAAAGAAAACAAGAUUGUGUUUCUUGUGUUUGAAUCAUGGACACUCCAAGAAUGAUUGCCAGUCGAAGAAGAAAUGUGAAAAGAGCGAUUCGUGUCCUUACUUUCAUCAUCCUUUCUUACCUUCCAGUCCACCACCAGUUGCCUCAAUUCUAGAUAAAGCUAACAUGAUGCCUGUAAUCAGAGCCAGAUUCAGAGCCCCCAACGAUCGAGUUUGUGAAGGGAACAUGUUGAUUGACAGUGGUGCUGGAACGACAGUUAUUUGGAAGCUUUGUGAAAAAUGUCAGAUUGAAUGGAAAAAGAGAAUGGAUCGAUUUAGCAGUAGUUGGAGGAGAGAAAUUAGAGCAACCACACAGCCGAAGUGUGACCUUUUGGAUCUCUGCACUCAAAGGCGAUCAAGAGUUCAAAAUCGAAGCCCACAAGAUUGA